UCUGCAGCAUCCCGGAAAUUGAGCUUCGCAAAUUCCGCAAUCGUUAUACGCGCGUCUUGUGUGCGAUCGUAUCUAUGCUUAAUCUGAAAAAAAUCGCUCGAGGCGAUGCUGUAUUGACGGUUUCAGAUUUUCGCCCGCGAAAAGAUGUAAAAAAAUGCAACUGAACGAUCUUACUCCGACAAACGGUGCACAUGCAAAACCUGUGCACAGAAGUCGACGUACUGCGCAUCGCUCUUUCAGAUGCGUUCAAUCGCUACUUAGCACUUACCAUGAGCGAUAUAGGAAAAUAUAUUUAUCUAUAUAUGUAAAUUUGUAAUAAUGUAUUCAAGUCUACGAAAUGCGUCAAAGACGUGGCUUAUCCCGUUAUGCGUAGAUCGUGAGCAAGUAUUUUUGGCACGCUGGCACCGCGAGCGUUAUGCAUCAUCAUCGUCAGAGCGAUUGCAAAUACUAAUCAACCAUGUGCAUCCUAUUUGUCUACCGCAAUCCGAAUGCUGAUGCUGGAUCCUAUCGAUUGAUAGUGGCAUCGAAUCGAGAUGAAGCAUACAGACGUCCUGCGUCAGCGGCUCACUACUGGGAGAAACAUCCUGAAUGUUUGGGAGGCAUUGACAUGGAACCUGGUAAGGAAGGAGGAACCUGGUUGGCUUUGUCGAUGAAAGGAAAAGCUGCUGUAAUCUUGAAUCUAGUUAUGCCAGAAGGUAAAACAAAUUUACCAAAAAAGGGUCGCGGUUCCUUGAUAAGCAACUUUGUUAUUUCUAAUGAUUCCAUGGAACCAUAUUUGAACAAAUUGCACGCAGAAAAUAGUAAUGGACAACCUUACAAUCCUUAUUGUUUGGUUUUGCUAGACUUGAAUAAUGCAGAUAUACAUUAUUUAAGUAGCAACGUAACGUCCUCAGGGCCACAGAUGUGUCAUGAUAAUAUUAUAGGCGUUGGAAAUAGUGGCAUAGAGUGUCCAUAUAAGAAAGUUGAAAAAGGAAAGGAAGAAUUUAGACAUAUUGUACAAAAUGUGAAUACGUCGAAACAAGAUAAUCUCAUCGACGAACUUAUUAAUUUUCUCAAAUCGGAGAAAAGAUGCCUACCAGAUCCCGAAUUACAGAGAAGAUCUCCAAACCAGUACGAGGAACUUAGUUCGAUUUUUAUUACUGGAACAGAAUAUGGUACAAGAACGCAUUCUGUGUUAUUGGUCGAUGGUUCAAAUCAAGUAACAUUCGUAGAAGAGACCCUUAUGCCUAAUUCUACAUGGAAACGACAAAGUUUUCAGAAUAAGUUGAUACAUAUGUAUUGAUGUUAAGAACAUGAAAAUGAAUAUGCAAAUUGUAAAUAUCAUGUAAUAAAAAUAGAAAACGUA